AAGACUAAACGACGACUCACCGCUAUUGCCAUUACCCACACUCAUAGACUGUGACAGGCUGCGGAAACAAAGCACUGGUACUCGGUGAGGAUGGAGCAAGAAUAUGAUAUUAUCGUGCUUGGAACUGGACUGAAGGAAUGCAUCCUCUCUGGUUUAAUGACUUUAAGUGGGAAAAAGGUUCUCCACAUUGAUAAGAAUCCUUAUUAUGGAGGAGAGAGUGCAUCCAUUUCUCCCCUUGAGGAGCUGUACAAGAAGUUUAAGACUCCUGGUCCUCCAAAAUCGAUGGGCAGAGGGAAAGAGUGGAAUGUUGACCUCAUCUCCAAAUUUUUUCUUUCCACCGGUCAGAUGGUAAAAAUCUUGUUGCACACCGAGGUUACUCGGUAUCUGGACUUUAAAGUCGUAGAAGGCAGCUACGUAUACAAAGGAGGAAAAGUGCACAAAGUCCCCGCCAGUGAAAAAGACGCAGAUGCUUCAGAUCUGAUGGGCAUGUUCGACAAGAGGAGGUUCAAGAAGCUGCUGCUCUUUGCUCUGAACUUUGACAUAAGAAACCCUCGUACCCACCAUGAUGUGGAUCCUCACAAAACGACCACAAGGGAAUUGUUCCAUCGCUACGACCUGGGACUUGAUGUCAUAGAGUUUAUAGGUCACGCCAUAGCCUUGCACAACAGUGAGAGUUACCUGGACCGGCCCUGUGUGGAAACCAUCAGUCGGAUCAGGCUGUACUCCGAUUCGCUGUCCUGUCGAAACACCAGUCCGUACCUCUACCCACUGUAUGGUCUCGGGGAGAUACCACAGGGUUUUGCCAGACUGAAUGCAGAGUAUGGAGGAACGUUCCUGCUGAACAGGGCAGUGGAUGAAAUUGUGAUGGAUAGUGGCAAAGUGAAAGCUGUGAAAUCUGAGGGGAAGCUGUUCCACUGCAAACAGUUAAUCUGUGAUCCCAGCUACGUUCCCAAUCGAGUGAGGAAGGUGGGGCGUGUCGUUAGGGCGAUCUGUUUUCUAAAUCAUCCAGUUAAACACACUCAUGAUGUCAGCUCCUGUCAGAUCAUCAUCCCUCAAACUCAGCUUAACAGGAAGUCAGACAUUUAUAUAUCUGUAGUGUCCUUUGCGCACAACGUGGCAUCAGAUGGGAUGUACAUCGCCACAGUCAGCACAACUGCAGAAACCACCAACCCAGAGAAAGAACUGCAGCCAGGACUCGAGCUCCUCGAACCCAUCGUGCACAAAUUUGUGUCUGUCAGCAAUCUGCUAGUUCCAAAUGAAGAUGGAAAAAAGAGUCAGAUAUUUGUGUCCCGCUCGUAUGAUGCAACAAACCACUUUGAGACUGAGUGUGAGGACAUCAAAGACAUGUACCAGCGACUCACAGGGACAGAGCUCAGCUUUGCAGGAUCCAGGCACCAGUCUCAUAACUCUGAUGACGACUGAGGACAGCUUGAUGUCAGCAGCUGGGAGGCCGUAAAUGUAUGUGGUGUAUAAUCAUCAUUCAUGGAUGAUUAUAUGCCACAGCUGUAAAGCAGAGGGUGUGAUGUAGGGUGUAGACUGAACAGAGAGUGUGCUACGUAA